UUGGGCGAAGCCCCUGGCUUUGGACUGGGAGAAGCCUUGUGCUCACUUUGCGAACUCCAUCGUCCUUCCCCUCCCCCAAGGACCCUGCCUUGUUCCUUCCUUCACCCCUCUGAGGGCAAGGCGCACACACUGAACAGUCUGGGUGUGUCGUGUUUUCAGGUCGGCGAGCAUUUAUAAGCACCUACUGUGUGCCCCGCCAUCGGUGUGCGCACCUACUGUGGUCUGUCUCAGCCUGCGGUUUGCCCAGUACUCCAUAGAGGGGAAGCUCUUUAGGGCGGGGGGAGCGGCAUUUUGACCUGUCUUGGGCCUGGCACACUCACAUGCUGAUUAGACCCGGAACUUGCCCCGAGGAAGCACCUAGCUAAGUUCACAGAGGCUGCCUGACAUGCUUCCCGCCUAUACCGGCGCCAGCGCCAGGAAGAGGCCGAAGCCGCCUGGGGCCAUGGACGGCGCCGCCAUGGACGGGGCUGCCAUGGAAGGACCGCUCUUCGUGCAGAGUCAACGCUUCGGGGCCAAGAAGUGGAGGAAGACCUGGGCAGUCUUGUACCCCUCCAGCCCCAAUGGAGUGGCCCGGCUGGAGUUCUUUGAGCACAAGGGGUCAGGCUCUGGAGGCGGGUGGGGAGGCUCCCGCCGCCUGGACUGCAGAGUGAUCCGCCUGUCGGAUUGCGUGAGUGUGGCCCCGGUGACCUCGGACAGCCCCCCAGGACCCGGCACCUCUGUCUUCCGCCUGGACACGGCUCAGCGCUCCCACCUCCUGGCGGCCGAGGGUCCUGCCAGUGUGGCCUGGGUGCAGAUUCUCUGCCAGACUGCCUUUCCGAAAGGGUCUCUGGCUCCAGGGGACAGCGCUUCUGGGCCCUCUUCAAUGGAGAUGCAGGAGAACUCCCUGUACAGCCCCCAUGGACAAGGGUGCGAGUUCUGGGUGAGUGUACAGAAAACGGAGGCAGCUGAGCUCUGUGGCCUGAAGGGACACUAUGUGCUGCGGGUGGAAGCCAAUGGUCUGAGCCUCCUGGUGCUCGGGGGCCAAGGCCAGAGGAAGGAGCCUUUGCUCUCCUGGCCCUACACCCUGCUCCGGCGCUACGGGCGGGACCGGGUCAUGUUCUCCUUCGAGGCUGGUCGGAGGUGUCCCUCGGGCCCCGGCACCUUCACUUUCCAGACCGUGCAGGGGAAUGACAUCUUUCAGGCUGUGGAGGCUGCUAUCCAGAGGCAGAAGGCUCAGGUUGGCAUUGCUGCCGGCCCCGGCUCGGCGGACGGGGGCACAGGAGGGGCUGGGACGGUGCCUGCUGCAUACCAGAGCUUGGAAGAGCCCCAGGCGGCUGGGCCUGCCCUGUACUCGGAGCCCUUGGAUGCCCUCCGGUCCCUGCCUGACUCUGCUGCAGACCCCCUGUACUCCGACCCUGUGGACAGUUCAGGCCAGAGGACAGGCCACAGGGCUGCUGCCCGGCACCCCCUCUACUGGGACUUGUAUGAACAGGUGCAGCAGCAGCUUAAAGACACCAAGUUGGGGGAAGCCAAGAAGGAGCCCAUCUAUGAUGAGCCUGAGGGUCAGAGCCCAGCCCCACCUCCGGGCCUUUACGACAAGCCCCAGGAGCCCCGGGAUGCCUGGUGCCAGCACGCGCGGGGGCAGGACGAGGGCUACGAGCUCCCCUAUAACGCCAGCAUGGACGAUUACGCCGUGCCCCCUCCAAGGAACCCGAAGCCCGUCCCGCCCCCCAAGCCCCAAGGGCUUCCUGGGCCCAACAGCCCUGGCCCCGCAGGGCCGCCUGUGUACAGCCGGGUACAGAAGGCCGGCGCCGCCGCCAAGGGCUGGGACCAGGGCAUGCCCGAAGGUGAAUCUCAAACAAGGACUGGGAUGAGAUCAGAAGGACCCAUGUGACCCCCUGGGUGGGGGCUGGAAGGAGCUAAACGGGUGCUAAGAGGACAUCUCUGAGGCGUGGGGACACGGCAGGCCUGCGCGGGCCGAGGCGGGCGGUGAACGGGAGGCCGGGCCUCGGGGCCAAGGGAUGCCGCCUUUGAGGGGAAGGAGUCCUGGGUCAGGCCAAUCCCUGGCCAGAGCAGAGGGACUUGGGGCAACCCUGGCUGGCUGUGUAGGAGGGGUCUGGCGUGAGUCUGGUGGACCCUUAAACUCAUUAAAAUCAGCUGGGGCUGCAGA